ACUAACGGGAAAUUCACCUUUCCAACUCCAAACCGUGAAGUGUUACCUUAUAUAGAGAGAUAUAUAUGUGUGCGUUUCCGGAUUAUUUUAUUUGUACUUUUACUGGUGUUUAUCAGAAGUCUGUCGAAUAUAUCAAGUGUGUUUUUGGAUCAGUGUUUUCCUGAAGUGCUUUUGAACAUAUUACUGAAACAUGAAGGUCUGAGCUCGUUUUGGGUCCUAAAUACUUUAACGUCUGGAUCUCUGAAAUAUGACGUUCGUCCCGUGUUUUGAGGAUUAAUAGCGGUGUUGUGAUCAUGAGAUCGGUGAAGAGUCUUCUGGACUGGUGUGCAGAUGUUUGUGAAGAUUAUACAGAUGUUCACAUCACUGAUCUCAGAUCUUCAUUCACUGAUGGACUCGCCUUCUGUGCGAUUAUACACAAGCACAGACCUGAUCUCAUAGAUUUUCACUCACUAUCCAAACACAAUGUCUACGAGAACAUCCGUCUGGCGUUUGAUGUGGCCGAGUGUAAGUUGGGAAUUCCGGCUCUGUUGGAUCCGGAGGAGCUGAUGUGUGUGGAGGAACCGGAUCUUCUGUCCAUCAUCACUUACAUCUCACAACUCUUCUGUGUGUUCAGGAGAAACUCUGACGACAGUCCUGUGAACUCUGAACCCAACCGACCCACAACACAAGAGCACAGACUCACACAGUCUUCAGGUCAUGUGAUCAGAUCAGCAGGUAAAAGCAUCUGUGUCGUCUGUAACAAACAUGUUCAUCUCAUUCAGAGAGUUCUGGUGAACCACCGGCUGUAUCAUCGCACCUGCUUCAGAUGUAGUCGGUGUCGUCGCUCUCUUCUACCGAGCUCAUACACUGAAGGUGCGACGGGUUCCCUGCAGUGCAGUUAUCGGUGUGUACGUGCACCUGAACACCACCUGCACACGGACACACUGAGAGAAAACACUGAAUCAGAUGCAGACGGGACGAGAGGAAGCAGUCUCACCUCAUUAGAGACCGAUAUACAGAAACCCAAACCUGCACCCAGACAGAGGGAGGGGCCUCAGAAUCCUCCAUGCCCCGCCCCCAGAUCAAAGGACCGCCUCCCAGCCUCCUCUCAGAACGUCAAGCGUAAGGAACACCCCUGGAUGAAGCUGGUUGAACCGGGACCCUGGCACAAACUGCCACCCGCUCCGGCCCCCAUUGUGCCCCCUCACUCCUGUGCCAUCCCUGCCCUCAGUCAAGUGUGGCACCGCCGCUGGGCCACAAAUGUUAACCCCUUCCUGGAGGAAGACACAGCGGAUGAUGUGAGUCGGACUCAGGCGUCCAGCCAAUCGUGGAGCGGCGUUCUCAACGAGUCAUGUGACCCGGCUGGUGGUCCUGAGAUAACUGGAUUAACUUCAGUAACUGCUAAACCUGUUUAUCCAUUUGAUCAGUCCAGAAGAACGGACACAAACCAACAGAACGAUUCGACUAAAGCUGGUACUGCACUGCCAGAAACUGGUUUAUAUUUAGACUGGUCUAGAGCUGCUGGUGUCAGCGGGUUAGUUAAGACUCUAUCAAGUUUAUCUGUGAAUGACAGAACAGGUUCUGAUUCACCCAAAAAAGACAAAACAUCAGAUUCAAGCAACACAGAACGUUUUGAAGUACAUGUUGACAAAAAGCGCCAACUUCCUCAUCAGUCUCCUGAUUUAUCAGCCAAUCACAGUCCUUUUCACUCAGAUGACAUCACAGCCUCACAUCUCUCAGCCAAUGAGGUGGCAGCAGCUCCUCUUCAUCAGAAGAAAGAAACACCAUCAUCAUCAACAUUCAGUCAUGUCAAGAGUCGUGAUGGGACCCCUUUCAACAGUACAUCCUCAGACAAACACACCCCCUCGAAUGGUCCCGUCACGGCACGGGCUGCAGCUCCAGGACACGGGUUUCCCCUCGUCAAGAGGAAGGUGCACACAGACGGCCGUGUGUCAGAGCAGGAUGUGUGUGAGGAACAGAAAGAGCUGGAGGACUGUCUGAUGACACUUGAGAAGAGAGGAGUGGAGCUGGAGCGGGACAUGAGGAGCAACACCGCGGCCGGUGCACGUCAGGAGAGACUGAUCGUCGACUGGUUCUCUCUCGUUCAUGAGAAACACAUGUUAGUGCGCAGAGACGCAGAACUCGUGUACAUGGUGAAGCAGCAGCGUCUCGAGGAGCAGCAGUGUGACGUUGAGUUUGAACUCAGACGUCUUCUCAAUAAACCAGAGCGCGAGUGGAGCGCAGACGACAGACGACGAGAACAACAGCUCAUGUCAAACCUGCUGUCAAUCAUCCAACAGAGGAAUGACAUCAUCAGCAGCCUGGAGCAGGACAGGCAGAGGGAGGAAGAGGAGGACACGAUACUGACAGCUGUGAUCCAGAGGAGAGAUUUCCACACACAGCCAGAGAAAUGCGACAGGAAGUUUAAACCUCGGCGUAUCUUCAAGUCAAUCGUUCGUAAGAAAAACAGCUGAAAGAAGACUUCUAAAAACACUGUUAAUAAUGUUUAUAACGAUAAACUGAUAUAAGACAUAUCCAGCAUGUCCACAUGUAUCAGUGAAGAGGUUUAGAUGAAUUUAGAUACGAUUGUUAUUUAUUGUGUGAUUUUAGAGAGGCAAUAAAUUCUGGGAACCUUUGUGCAACCAUGCUGCAACGUUUCAUCCAUGUGUUGUUUAAUCUGAAAAUCCCAGCACAGUGACGUCACAUGCUGUCCCACAAUGCACUGCGUGUACACCUCAUUGACGUUAUAAAAGGCAUUUUUCAGUGGUUUUAAAUGUAUUUCACAUGUUGUUUAUUGAUUAUUAUGAUUAUAGUAAGUGUGAAUAUCAUGUAUUGAAUUAAAUAAACGCUUGUGUAUGUGUACUGUAGAA